AAAAAAAAAACAGUCUUCUGCUGUAGGUCUUGCAGUUGUUCUCAUAUAAUCCUUCUGGAAUCAUGGACAACACUGUGCUCCUGCUUUCCCUCAUCCUGUCCAGCCUGGUAGCUACAACCUCUUCUCUAACGUGUGUGGAAUGUAAUGUGGAAGGUGAGAAAUAUUGCCAAGGAAACAAAGUCACUUGUCCUCCUGAAGACGAUGUUUGUGUUACAACCUUAGAAAGUGACACCAAAGAUGGAAAAGAAAUGGUGACGUUCAGACGGCAUUGUGGGCAAAGGAGAAUGUGUGGUUACUCUGACAGCCUGACCACAGCCUUCGGUAAAAAGAAGCUCAGUAGUACUUGUUGCUUCACCAGUGACUGUUCUCCUCCAUCGCCAACAUUCCCAGCAGGAAAAACUGACAAAAAUGGAGUUUUCUGUAAAUCCUGUGACACUGAGAGGAGAUUGUCUUGUGAAUCAAGCUCCACCAUGGAAUGCACCGGGAACGAGAACAAGUGUGUCCUAAUGACCAACGUGAUGACAGAAGGAGGAAAUUCGUUUACUAACUAUGUAGGCGGCUGCGGUACGCCAGGAUGGUGCAAACUUGAGGAACCAUUCUUUUCAUAUCCAGGAAAGUCUUAUACCUGCUCCACGGGGAAUGUCGUCAACCCUACAGUGCGGGGGAAAUGAUGUCGACCCUGCAGCCGGGGGGAGUGAAGCCCGACUUCCAGGCCUGCCCCUCAUGCUGCUAGCUGCUCUCUUUAUCAUGAAAAUAAUUUCUUAGAGCUGCAGAUGUGUACCAAAACUCCUGUUUCAUUUACAAUUGUUGUCUUCUACAAUUCUACAAUUUUUUGUGAUAUUUUUUGGCAAAGGAUUCAGGAGUCAUUUAAAAAUUUUUUUUACAGUUUGAGCAUUACUCACCUUGCUGAUCCCCACUAGUCUCUACUUCCUGAUCCUGGCACAACACACUAAGGAAAUGCCAGGAGACACUCCCUGAGCCAACCCCUGAGCUCAGCAGCGACCCCCUUCAGCCACUGAUUGGCUAUGCGGGCAUUUCCUACGUGUUGUGCUGGGAACAGGAAGGAAAGACCAGCAUGGACUGGGCAAGUGUAGUACUGUGGGAUCAGUGAGGUGAGUAUUUUUAUUUUUUAUACUAUGCCAAAUCCCCCCCCCCCCCCCCCCGCUUGACUGGACACUUAAUUCCAGUGAAUUUAAACGUAAAAUUUGUCCUGUUCGUCACACACUCAGCUGUACAACUCAUUCAAAGACAUUAAAAGAUACAGCUCUGAUAACUGUACCGAGCCCGGCACCUAUGUGCCCAUCACAUGAACAGGACAGGAAACUGCAAAGUAGUAAACUGUAUAAUUUUUCAAAAAAUAAAACAUUUAUUUGCGAUAAUCAAAAUAAAUACAUUAAAGGGGUUGGCCUAUGUGGGGCAUUGAUCGCCAGGAUAGGCCAUCAAUGACAUAUAGAAAUGGAUACCAGAGGUAGGAUCUGCACCUACACUAUCUCCAGAACGAUUCCCCAGAAGUGAACAUAGAGUAGCUGCGCAUGGGGAGAGACCCCCCGUUCACCGCUAUGG